CACCGCGGAAGCCCAGAAAUGCUGUAGCAAGACGAAGUCUGACAGUAUCUAGCCAAAUCCAAUUGUAAUCAGCUCUUUUAUCAAGUCAAUUAUACAAGGAUCCCAUCACUCUAGGGAUCUGCGUCUUAAUCAAGUUGAAUUUCCUCAAGGUUUCCGUGACUCUGACGGGGCCGCCAGAACAACAGCCCCGCGGAUCAGUCAACCCUCCAGAUUAUUAUUACUACGCCUGAGGCCGACUUCUGCUGCCCCUCUUCUUAACUUCACCACCUCGCCUCUGUCCUCCUUCGCCGUUCGUCGCCCGUUCGCAAACAUGGCUAUCAACUCUGCUCCCGAGUCUUCUCUCCUCUCCCUCCUCUACCGCUCGUACCCCGCUGCAGUUUCUCCCGACGCCACAGAGCUUGAUCUUCUCCAUGCCUCGCCCAAAAUCUUUCCUCAGACGACUUUCUCCGUUGAGGAGCAGGCUUCGAUCAAGCAAUGGCUAGACACCAUUUCUGGUCUUCAGAAUGCCUUGACUAAGGACGACAAGUCCGUGGUUACGGCCAUCCUCCGACAGCUGAACACUCACCUCGCCGCGCGCACAACUUUGCUGGGAACCAAGCCGUCCGUUGCUGAUAUCACCGCUUACGCUCUGCUCGCUCCCGUCGUUGAGAAAUGGACCCCCGAAGAACGCACAGGUGAGCAAGGACACCAUCAUAUUGUGCGUCACAUCGAUUUUGUGCAAAAUAGCCGCCUGUUCGCCCUCCAGAUCCCCGACGAGGAGAAGAUCAGCAUCGAUGUGAACGACGUGCGGUUUGUUCCCAAGCCCGUGGACCCCAAGGAAGAGAAGGAGCGCAAAAAGAGGGAGAAGGCUGCGGCCCAGAACCCGGAUGCUGGCAAACCUCUGGUCGUUGGACAGGGCAAGCCCGAGAAGGCGGCGAAUGGCGGCGCGGUCGAGCAGGCCGCUGACUCCGCUGCUGCCUGCUCCUGCGCCCGCUGCUCCCCCUCUCCGUCGCUCAUCGACCUUCGCGUUGGUCACAUCCUCCGUGCCAUCAACCACCCCAAUGCGGACUCCCUCUACGUUUCUACCAUCGACUGUGGUGAUGCUCCCGGCACCGAGAACACGUCGGUGGAUGAGGAGACCGGCAAGACCGUGCGCACCGUAUGCUCUGGUCUGAACGGCCUCGUUCCCCUGGAGGAGAUGCAGAACAGAAAGAUUGUUGCCGUCUGCAACUUGAAGCCUGUAACUAUGCGUGGUAUCAAGUCUACAGCCAUGGUUUUGGCAGCAUCGCCCCGCGUCGCCGAAGGCGAGGACUCGCACGCUGGACCCGUUGAGCUGGUCACCCCUCCCGCCGGCGCGCCUGCCGGUACCCGCAUUGGCUUCGAGGGUUGGUUUGACGGCGAGCCCGAGAAGGUGCUCAACCCCAAGAAGAAGGUCUGGGAGACCUUCCAGCCUGGAUUCACCACCACGGACAGCCUGGAGGUUGCGUUCGACAUGAGCGCGGUUCCCGCCGUGCAGGGCCAGGAGGGCAAGCCGGCCCUGGGCAAACUGGUUGCUAAGACCGGAGGAGUCUGUACAGUGAAGUCUCUGAAGGGAGCUACUGUUCGGUAGAGAAUUUACCGAGGAAAAAGUCCAUUCUUCCUUUUGUCGUUCAAUCAGUGGAAAUGGUUACAAGGAGUGGUCUACGAUUUCGUGCAGAGGCAGCAACAUAAAUAGCAUUUACCCUCUUAGCAUCAACAACAAGUCCAACGAGAAAUGAACGUUUCAGUUUUCAGUUUUUCCCUCUUAUUUUC